AUGGCUACGCAAGUCCAGACGGCCACUGAAGGCGCCCAGGAGAAGACGCAGGAUGCUACGCAAGGCGCCCAAGACAAAGUCCAAGGCUACACUUCCUCCAUCAUGAGCGGAGUCCAGGGUGCGUUCAGCUCGGUGUCUGGAUGGGCUCAAGGGACGCUGGACAAGUUCUUCCCGCCGGAGCAGCGAGCGGCGUUUUUGGCCAAGAUACAGGAGUUUAUGCUGGCGAACCCGAAGUUGUCGAGCUUCCUAGGCAUGAACAUCUUCAUCACCGGCGUCCCGCUCGCCCUCUUCGUCCUCUUCACCCUCACCGUCUUCAUCUUCAGCCUGAUCGUCGGGCUGGUCCUCGGCCUCCUCGCCGCUGUUGCCUUCACGCUCUUCUGCGUCGGCGUCGCCCUAACCAUCGUCUUACCAUUCAUCUUCUUCACAACCAUGGCCGCUUGCUUCCUCUUCCUCUGGGGUCUAGGCGGUUACUACAUUAUUAAAUGGGCUAAUGGUCAAGCUGGCGGCACGAGCGAGGAACAGCCGUUGCUAUCCGGCAGUAUUGGGGAUAGUUUGAAUAGUCUUACUGGUGGACGACUGUCGGGUUUCAUGGAGGGUGCGAAGAAGGAGAGGUCGAAGGGGGAUAUUAGUGGGUACUCGGAUGAGAAUACGCCUGCGGCAGAAAAGGAGGAGGGGCAGGAGAAGCAGGAAGGACAGGAGAAGCAAGAGGGACAGACGAAGCAGGGUGGCCAGGGCAAGCAGGAGAGACAGACGAAGCAAGAUGGGCAAGCGAAGCAGGGUGGCCAGGGGAAGCAGGAAGGGCAAGCGAAUGGCUCGACCCAGCAGAAGCCGCAGAAGCCGCAGAAGCCGCAGAAGCAAAGUCAACAAGCGGCGAAAGCUACUUAUGUUCUGGCGGAGAGUGUUGAGAAGAAUGCUAACGAUAAGAUUGCAGUGAUGGACGGUUUAGUAGGUGGUGAUACUGAGACGGUUAAGACUGUGGAAUCCGAAGCUCGUCGAUAUCUAUACAUUUGUGGGCGCUUGCAUGGCGAGGCGUUGAUGGAUGGCUCUGUGCCUUUUGCUGGAUGA